CCCGGGAUGUAAACACUGUGGGGAGGGUGAUGGGUGACGGCUGCAGGUGACGGGUGACGGCUGCAGGUGACGGGUGACGGCUGCCAUGGCUGCCACUGUCCUCCGCGCUCUUAUUGAAGUCUCCGAGCACUUUCAAGAGUUAAUGAGACUGGCUUCAGCAGAUGGUGUGCUUGAGUCAUGGGGUUUAGAGAUGAUCCUUCAGAAUGUAACUCUGUCAUUUCAUGAUGAUGACAACUUUCAAGGUCAUCUUCUGUUUGGUCUUCACUCACUCCUCCUCCUCCUGGUGAGGAAACUGGAAGACUUGGGUCAUGAGAUCUACACAGAUGCCUGUAGUUGUGGUUGGGAUACAUCUCAGCUGCCUGAGUCACAGCAUACUGAUAUCCACAGAUAUACUUCGGGGACAGUUGUACGCUGGGUGCAGGGCGAGUGCUAUGUACUUCUAGCAUCAACGGAAGCAGACGCUCAAGUGUAUCAGGAUGGGGAGCAAGAUGAUCAAACCAAAGAUGACUAUGAGGGAAAACCAGGAAGUGGUGCAGAGAGUGAUAAUAAGGAAAGUUAUUUGCAAGAGCAUACUAAUGAAGAACCCUACAUGAAGGACAGUUGCCAAGGCCAGGAGGAGAGUGAAGAAAACCAUCAUAGGGACAGUGGGGAGGAACCAGACCCUUCUCAAGCAUCAGCAGACUGUGAUGUGUUAGGUGAAGAUGAGGAUGUCUUAGGUGAAGAUGAGGAUGUCUUAGGUGAAGAUGAGGAUGUCUUAGGUGAAGACGAAGAUGUGUUGGGUGAAGAUGAGAAUGAGCACAGAGACAGUGUUGAAUUCUGCCAAGAAAAUGAGGAACUGGAACACUGUCAUAGUUCUGCACCAGCCUCAAAUGAAACUGAAGACUUUUUAAAAGUGGAUGAUAAUGAAUUAAGUAGCACUCAGGUAAGAGUAAAAUUUGACCCCAGUAAACUACCAAGUGUUUGGUCAGGCUGCCAGAUCCAUUCAUGUUCUACAAAAGGUGAAAAGUAUGAUCUAAAUAAGUGGAAAAAAUCACAAAGGUUCACCAAAAAGUCUGUAGAUACAGCAAUAACUGGUGGCUCUAUAGAAGAGUUUAAAAAGCGGUCAUCCUCUCUUCACAGCUGUGGUCAAGAGUGUGCAGAAGAUGACAGUGAAAUGGAGGACCAAUCGGAAUCUUAUGCCAUUGAACAGGAAAUGGGGAAUGCUGAGAAAGUUGGGAAAGAUGUUUGUAAUGGUUUCAUUAGAAAAUAUUCAUUAAAAAGAAAAGUGGAUAUUGAUGAAAGUGAAAAGAAUGAAGGAAUAACUGACGAAGCCGAGUUGUAUGCAGCUAGACAUCCCGAACACCAUGUGGACACACGCAUGAGAUGUGCAGAUAAGGGUAGGGACUCAGACGACAGCAGAGAUGGAAAUGACAAUAAUACCGUUAUUGAAUACCAGAGUAGUGAGGAAGAACCAAUGAGUGAAUAUGACAGAAGUGAUGGAGAAGCAAGAAGUGAAGCUGUGAAAAGUGAUGAGGAUGUAGUAAGUGAAAGUGGAGUCCAUGAGAAAGAAAUGAGUGAAAACUGUAAUAGUGAAGAAGAGAAAAACACAUCGGGUAUUCAUCCAAUGAGUCCAGGUAAACCAUCAGAACCCAGUAGUUCCUUCAUAGAUGGGAAUGUGUCAGCUGUAGGAGCCAUUAUGAGUGAGGAUAGCAUUGAUGGAGACAACAGCUGUACCCUCAUUAUUCACGAAGAGGACACUAGGGAGGGCAUCUCUAGGGAGGGAACGAGUGAUGGUAUGUCUAGUCCAAACAUAAUGCAAAAUGCUGAAGCUUGUAAGCCAGGUGCAGAUAAAGAGGAAAGACUUACCCCAGAUAGAUGUGGUGUAGACAAAGUGAUCAGAGCUCCAAAAGAAGAGGAAGAAGAGAGGAAAUUAGAAACGUUAGACCUUCCUUUAGGCUACUGCUCAUUGGUCAAGGAAAAAAAGAGCAAUCCUGAAUCUUUUGGGUUACAGACUCAAAGUAAUUUAUGUGGUAACAAUGUUGAGAUGGAGAAGAUUGCCAGUGAACAGAGUUGUGAUGAUGAACAGCACAAUGACUAUGAUGAUGACGAUGAUGAUGAUGAUGAGAGUGAUGAUGACGACUCCAGCUCAGUCACAUCCAGUAGUAGUUCUUCAUCUUCAUCUUCCUCCAGUAGUGAUGAUGAUGACAGAAUAAGCUUUAAACAAAGAGUGGAGAGGGCAGCUCAAGCAGCUCGUGAGGCAGAAGCUUCAGCAGCAGCACGUCUCUCUGCCAGCGUUACCAACCAGGAGACACCUAUGUGUAAUGAUGGCCACCACACAAACCAACUAGGGCUUGACCACAAACUAGAUGUUCAGUGUCAAUUAGAUGACCAAAUGGAAGAUCAAAUAGAAUCAGACUCUGCAGCUUCUUCUUCAGAGGAUAUUGCACCACACAACAAUGAAGAAGUUGCCACAGUAUCAACCCCAACUGUUGCCUCAGUUUAUGUGGAGCCUCCCUCUGGCUCACUUAGUCUAACUCCACAUUUAGCGUGCCCAGAGCCUAUAGAGAUUGAGCACAGCGGGCGUGACCCAGCUGAUCUACAGGCAGCUCAAGGCUUGGCUGACCUACAGAGAGGUCAAAACCUGAAUCUCAACAGUAACCCUCCAGGCUCUACAGCCAACCCAAUGACCUUCAUGGUGAAUGAACUACAGGAGAUUCCUCUUGAAGUUCGUCGGUCUGUUGGGGGCAAAGGCUUAGAAUGUGUGGUAUGUGGUAAGAUAUUCAACCGCCUCCUUAAACUUAAACAACACCAUCGGACUCACACUGGAGAGCGACCCUGGGGCUGUAGCAACUGUGGCAAGACUUUCAGUACUACAUCCUACCUCCAGAAACAUCGCCUUACUUGUCAUGUACCUUCUCAUCAACGACAGUUUUCAUGCUAUGUGUGUCAUCGAGGGUUCGGGCUACGAAGUUCCUUACAAACUCAUCUCGCUACUCAUGCCACUAACAAGCCCUUCACCUGUGAUAUUUGUGGCCAGUCCUUUGCUCUCAAGUUUACUCGAGACACUCACAAAGCCCAGCACACAGGAAGCCGACCUUGGGUGUGCAGUGUUUGUGGCCGUUCAUACGUGACAAAAUACAAGUUACGUGCCCACAUGAAAGCCCACACUGGAGAAUUAGUUUGCUCUGUAUGUGGCCGGCAGUUCACCUCUCAGGUAUUUUUAGGAAAUUCUCAUUUAAAUAUUAUUUCUUUUAUCCAGAGCCACGAGCGUCAAAACUCCCUCAAGUGCAAUGUAUGUGGCCAGGACUUCAUCAACCACCAGCAACUAACAGUGCAUCAGAGUCAACAUCAGCAGUCAUCCUUAUCCGCAUCACACAGAUGCCAUGUAUGCAAUAAAUUAUUUAUCCAAGAAGCUCAUUUAUCUCGUCAUCUUGCUACUCACUCACAUUCAGCAUUCCAACAGCAAAGCAGCAAUCAAUCCCUCCCUGCAUCUCAGAACAAAGACUGCAGCAGGGACACCACAGCUAGUCAGAUGAAUCGGGGCUUGGUCACACUGAGGCAGGCAGAUGCUGCUUGCUUCAUAUCCGAGAAAAAGCCAUCAUUGUUUCAACAAGCUCAGAGCUCUUCACAAAUAACCACUAACCUUAGCCAACAAACAUGUGGGGACAAUUAUCUUGGAGAAAUGUCUCCGCCACAGCAACAUGCACACCACUUACAGAGUGCUCAGCAGCUUCACACAGUAACAGUAGGACAGUCUCAACACCAAGAACACUUAAUAAACACUAGAAAUGAUAACACUUCUCGCUCGUCCAGUUUACAGUCGCAAGUUUUUCUUUCGACUGUUUCAUAUGACCCAGAAAUCUUGGGCGCUAGUUUACAAGAAGCUGCUUAUCAACAGCCUCAAGGACAAGAGUAAUUGUAGGCAAAUGAAUAAAAACAUUUACUAGUCAUUUAGCAGACUA